AUGCUUUUCUUCGAAUAUUCAACAAUUAUUUACAAUACAAAUAUUCGUGUAACGAAUAAUGAACAACGAAACACUGUCGACAGCGAUCCAUCCGCAACAGAAUACAAACGAGCCGAGAAAUAUGAAUCAAUUUGUUACAGGAGCUCAGGUGGUUUUGGAUAUUUACGUGAAAUUCAAUGGUGGACCGGUUUGGUAACGAUGGGUCUUGGUGAAAUUUGUAAUUUUACUGCCUAUGGAUUUGCUCCUGCAUCUGUUGUGACGCCUCUCGGAGCACUUUCUGUUCUAGUCAGUGCUCUCUUAGCAGUACGAUUCUUGGGUGAAAAAUUGAAUAUAUUUGGUAAAAUUGGUUGCCUUCUAACUGUAUCCGGAUCGAUUAUUAUAAUCAUUCAUGCACCUAAAGAUAGUGACGUGAAUUCUCUACGCGAGUUCGCAUACAAAAUCAACACACAAGAGUUCGUUCUAUUUUCAUUGUUCACUUGUCUUUCGAUUGUUUUUCUGAUCAUUCACUACGUUCCUCGGUUAGGCUCAAAACAUGUUCAUAUCUAUAUUUUAAUCUGCUCUCUUCUGGGUGCGUUUACUGUAACAGCUUGUAAAGGAUUAGGAAUUGGUUUAAGAGAAUUCAUUCACCAUGAAGAGACCUAUUCGAAAGGAUUAACAUUUUCCUGUGCAAUAGUGAUUAUUUUUUGUAUACUCGUUCAAAUGAUCUAUUUGAAUCGAGCGUUGGAUUUAUUUCCAACACCCAUUGUAACUACUGUGUAUUAUGUUCUGUUUACAACUUGUGUGUUAAUAACAUCAGGAAUACUUUUUCGUGAAUGGAAGCAACUAACACUCGUCGAUAUAUUCGCAUGUUUAGUGGGAUUUUGUAUAACAACAUGUGGAUUGAUAUUGAUUAAUUAUUUAAAAAACAAUUCUCAUAUAGGUGAUUCUCAUUAUUCGUAUUCUCCAUCCACGGAAAAACAACAGCAACAGAGUUAUAUUGCGAAUCGAUCUUAUGCGGAUCUGUUAAUUGAUGAUGAACAUUUAUCAUCAAUGUCGAAUUGUCUCAACGAACAACGUCAACCAAUAUUAUUGAUUGAUGAACGUGAUCUUAAUUCUUAG